GCCAAUUUCUUGCUUUUGCGGCCGCUAUCGAUGUCUCCUGGUACCUGAUCCUAGAAAUAACGGUAGAACGCGGAAAAGAGAGCGAACAAAAGGAAGAUUGUGAGGGUGCUAGCUACAAAAGGACCCGAAUUGCGACAACUGAGCAAUGACUGUGCGCGUCCCGUACCGUUGUGGCAAGCCACGACAGGCACGACCCGUCCCAAGGGGUGUGGCGAGGCAAUUUCUGCACCAGGGAACGGCGACUGGAACCUUGAUAAGGCUUCUUGGACCUCGUGAGGCGCUAUUCCUGGAAGUUUGUUGAAGAGAG